AUGUUUUGUGCAGCUCUAACAGCAGUGAUCCAAACACAGCAGACUGUGCUGGCAGCAGUGGGAGAAGAUGCUGAAUUCAGCUGUCAGCUCUUGGAGAAUAAAGACGUCCUUCAGGUCACAUGGCAGAAAAUCUCAGCUGGUGGAGAGACAAAUGUUGCCACCUACAACAAGUACUUUGGUCAGAGAGUGAAUGAUGGCUUUACAGAUAAAGUUGAGUUCAAAUAUACUGGACUACAGAACUGCUCCAUAGUCAUCAGGAAUGUGACGGUGCAGGAUGAAGGAUGCUAUCGCUGUCUGUUUAACACUUAUCCUGAAGGUGCCUUCACUGGUAGAACCUGCCUCCAAGUCUAUGAGCUGCAUGAACCUGUUGUUGAUGUCAGAGAGUCAAACUCUACUGAAGAGUGGGUUGUUUCCUGUUCAGCCACUGGUCAACCUGCUCCCACUGUAACACUCAGUGUCUCACAACAAGACCUCAACUUCUCACAGUACAACACUGUCAGUGUGUCCAACACCAACACUACAUUCACUGUCACCACUACAGCUGUGCUCUCAGGUUCACGUAACAACAGCACACAGGUGGGAUGUGCAGCACGAGUGCUCUCUGCUCCUCACAGAGAGGUGAUGGUGAUGAUUCCUGAUGAUGAUGAUGAUGGUGUAGAUGAGAACUCUGGAUCUAAACACAGAAAUUUAGCAAUCAGGAUUUUAGUCAUUCUGUCCUCUGUGUUGCUGGUUGCCUUUAGUUGUGUUUCUGCAGUCAUCUUUGUCCAUCAUAGAAAGAAAUCUCAGAGCAGGCUUUCACAUGGGAAUUUCAAGAUUAAUGAGACACCUGAAGCUAAUGCCAGAGACAGUCAGGAGUAA